AUGGAAAAGUCUCAGGUGACGGAGCUUAUUCAGCGUUGGCGCGUGCUGAAGGGGAGCUUAACAGAGAAAGGAAGUGAGCUAGAGACCGUACGCAAGUCCCUCCAGGUGCUCGAAGGCGAGCACGCCAGGAUGGUGCAGCAGUGGGACCUCGAGAAGGAAACGAUCCGAAACACGAGCAGCGCCAUCGAAGCGCAGGUGGCGAGCAAAAAGGACGAGCUGCAGCGCAUCAGGCUGGAGACCCAGGAGCUGCGCCGCAAAGUUGAAGAGCGCCGCCGGCGCAACGAGGAGCACCAGCUCGUGUUGAGCAAGCGGAAGCACAUGGUGGACGCUCGCGUAGAGGAGGCUGAAGCGAAGGAUGCGGCAGUGCGGGAGCGCCUGACUACGUUUCACCGCUCUCGUGACGAGGCCCGCGAGCAGCUGGUGGCCGCCAUCAAGAAGCAUCAGGCCGCAAUUCCGCAAGAGCAGGCGGCGCACGCGGACAAGGUGUUGCAGCUCAAGAGCCGUAUCGCAGAAACUCUGGCCACUAUUGAAGCGGAGGCUAAGUCAUGGGCUCUUGAGCAGGCGAUGAAGGAGUGGAACGAGAAGUCGAGCGCACGCAAGCAUAUUUUAGACGAGGUGACAGCAGCAGAGGAGGGCAAAGACGCCUGGGCAGAACUGCUUCACGAGGCAAGCAGCAUUCAUAUUCAAGAUAACUUGAAGACACUCGCUGAGCUGCGCGCCAUGGUCUCUGCAUAA